AUGAACGGAAUUCAAGUGGAUAUGAAUCGCCUGAAGAAAGGGGAAGUCAGCUUGGGGACGUCUAUCAUGGCGGUAACAUUUAAAGACGGUGUGAUAUUGGGUGCAGAUUCGCGUACAACUACAGGUGCUUACAUUGCUAACCGUGUUACUGAUAAAUUAACGAGGAUUCAUGAUAAAGUUUGGUGUUGUAGAUCCGGUUCUGCUGCUGAUACACAAGCAGUGGCUGAUAUCGUGCAAUAUUACUUGGAUUUAUACACUACCCAAUAUGGAACCCCAUCUACUAAGACAGCAGCAUCGGUAUUUAAGACUUUAUGUUACGAAAAUAAGGAUAAUUUGACAGCAGGUAUAAUUGUUGCCGGAUUUGAUGAUGACACGAAGAAGGGUGAAGUGUACAGUGUGCCAUUAGGUGGUUCCAUCCAUAAACAAAAAUACGCCAUUGCAGGUUCUGGUUCAACGUUCAUAUAUGGUUACUGUGAUAAGAAUUUCAAAGAGGACAUGACAAAGGAUGAGACUAUACAUUUUAUUAAGCAUUCCCUCUCACAAGCAAUUAAAUGGGAUGGGUCCUCCGGUGGUGUCAUUAGAAUGGUAAUUUUAACCGAAAGUGGUGUUGAAAGAUUAAUCUUCUAUCCAGAUGAGUAUGAGAAUUUGUAG